AAGGGAUUUGCCAUUUGAAAUGAACUCACUGAUCCCGCAAUCCAAUACAAAGCUUACACUGAUUAUGCAUUGGACAUGGGGAUUAUUAAGAAAACUGAUUAUAAUCGCAUUAAGAAGAUCAUUCCAGUGUGUGAAAUGGCGAUAAAACUCUGCGGCACUGAUGGUACAAUCUCUUGCAUGGCUUCAUAUUUUGUUUGCAAUGCCAUAUUCAGUAAUAUAAUGCUGCUCGCUGGUGAUACUAACUACUAUGACAUCAGAAAGAAGUGUGAGGGGACCCUCUGCUAUGACUUCUCGAACAUGGAGAAAUUCCUGAACCAGAGGUCUGUCAGGGAUGCACUUGGAGUUGGUGACUUAGACUUUGUUUCUUGUAGCCCUACAGUGUAUCAGCCCUACAGAAAUCUGGAAGUUGGUAUUCCUGCUCUUCUUGAAGAUGGGGUCAAGUUGCUAGUUUAUGCUGGAGAAUAUGAUCUCUUCUGCAACUGGCUUGGUAACUCAAGGUGGGUUCAUGCCAUGGAAUGGUCCUGUCAAAAAGAGUUUGUAGCAUCUCCUGAGACCCCUUUUAUAGUUGAUGGAUCAGAGGCUGAAGUGUUGAAAAGCCAUGGGCCUGUUGCCUUCCUCAAGGUCCACGACGCGGGUCAUAUGGUUCCUAUGGAUCAGCCCAAGGCUGCGUUAGAGAUGCUGAAGAGGUGGACUCGGGGUAAACUUCCUGAAAACCCACUGCACACACCUCCAACACCUACCGCUGCUGCUAGUGUGCUCGGGGUUGCUGGAAAUUGGUGUAAUAAAGGAGCUCCCGUUGCUGCUGUGUUUGCUGGAGUUGCAGCAGGAACAGCUGCUGUGUUUGCUGGAGUUGCAGUAGGAACAGAUGCCGUGCUGGAAGCCAAGGAGUUGGUGCUCUGCUAG